AUGACAACAUCUAGUUCGUCUAGUUCCAUUAGCAAUACUUCUGUCUUACAAACUGUUCAGAAUAAAUCAACUAAAAAAGGUAAUCCAAAUUCUUGUGUCGAGAAAUUUUUCGUUAACUACAAAGAACAUGCCGAUGGUAAAACGUCAAGUGAAUGUUUAGUAUGUAAAUAUUUAGUCACUCACAAAAUCUGUGUAACAUCGAAUUAUACACGUCAUAUGCAACGUCAUCAUUUAAAAAUGUAUAUGGAAUGGAUUGAUUCAUUAAAAAAUAAUGAUAAUAAGGAUGUAAUUGUAACUCAACCAAAAAUUAAAGAUGCAUUUAAUAAUAAUAAAACAACAAAAUACAGUAGUCAACAUCCUCGUCAAAUUGAAUUAAACAAUAUGAUAAUCAAUGAUUUGAUAAUAGAUCUCGGUUUGCCUCUAUCGAUUGUUGAACGUCCCGCAUUUUUACGAGCAAUGAGUAAAGCUGAUUCCAAAUUUCAUGUUCAAAGUCGCCGAAGUAUCUGUCGAGAAUCUAUACCUGCUUUAUAUGAUAAAAUGAUUCGUGAAUUGAAAACAAUAUGUACAACUGCUGAAUUUAUCUCAUUGACGUUAGAUAUCUGGACUGAUCGGAGAAUGAGACCAUUUUACGCUGUAACUGGUCAUUCAAUCAUUGAUUGUGUUUUUAAAUCAUAUGUUCUCUCAUUUUUGCCAUUAACAGGUAGCCACACUGGUGAAGCUUUGCUAAAUGAAUUUGAAAAAAUAAUUUCAUCAGAUUAUAAUAUUGAAAACAAACUUGUACGACUGGUAACCGAUAAUGCUGCUAAUAAUGUCAAAGCAUUUAAAAGUUUGAUAGUUACUGGUUUUGAGCAUUAUUUUGAAGGUGAUGAUGAUGAUCGGAUAGAUGACGAUGAUUCGGAAACAGAUGAAAAUAAUACUGAAAAUAUAUUUAACACAUUGGCAAAUGAUAAUUCUGUUAAUUUAUUACGUAUUCCGUGCUUUAGUCACACUUCACAACUUGUAGUGGCUGACGGUUUAAAAGAAUCAAGCUGUGCUCGUUCUUCGUUGGUUAAAGUUGCUAAAAUAGCGAAAUACUCGCAUCAAAGUACCAAAUUCGCGGAAAAUUUGGAAGUUAAUGUAUUAAAUGAAUAUUUGAACCACUGUAAUAAGGAUGAAUUAUGUUUAACAUCAAGAGACAUUGCAAUACUGCGUGAAUUCCUCUCGUUGUUCGCACUUUUUGCCGAAGCAACUGUACGGGCUCAGGCACAAAAUUCUCCAUCGAUAAGUUUGGUCGCACCUAGUCUUCUUGGUAUUUUUUUCCAUUUGGAAAAUGAAUUGAAAAAUUGUUGUAUUUAUACGUCGAGUUUAUGUAAGCUCAAUUGGAUAGUUUUAUCGGAACUUUCUGAUCCAGUGAAAGAAAGUUUGUGCCAAUUAAUAAAAAAGUUAGUUACUGAUGCUGCAUUCCAAUUAAAUAGUAGUAAAGAUAGCAGUAGUUCGAGUAAUUAUUAUAAUGCAGCACAUGAUGAUAAAGGUGAAAGCUCAGACAUUGUUUCAGGUGAAAAACGAAAAACACUUUUUGGUUAUUGUUCAUCACAAAAUAAAAUAAAAAAAACACGUAUAGACAUACAAAAUUCUAUUCAAGACGAGAUAGUUAGUUUUCUAAAAGAAGAAAGUGCAUUGCUUAAUUGUCCAUGGAAAAAAUGUUGUGUCAAACUUAACUUUAUAAGUACGCAUUUGAUUGAACAUAAUGAUUUUCGCAAUGUUCAAUUGAAUUCGUUCACUCUCAAGUUGAAAAAACUUGAUUAUGAACUGCGAUGA